CAACUGCUGUGGAUUCUUACCCAAAUCACAUACGCAAAGAUGGUCGAAACGGCAAGCAAUUCCCUGCUGUCUAGCAGCACCUCCGAUUCAUCUCUAUCGGUUCAACUCCAUCCUCUGGUCCUCCUCACCAUUUCCGACUACAUAACGCGCCACUCGGUCCGCCAGCAAGAAGGCCCCAUUAUUGGUGCCAUCAUCGGUCAGCAAAAUGGUCGUCAGAUCACUAUGGAGCAGGCCUUCCAGUGUAAGACCAAGCAGGAUGGCGAUCGCAUCGUCGUUGACGAUGAAUGGUUUGCCGAACGUCUAGAACAGUUCAAGGACGUUCACAAGGCACCACCUCUCGAUCUCGUCGCCAUCUUCACCCUCGCUCCCCCCUCUGGCCCUCUACCCGAACAUGUGCCCAUUCUCCAACAACUGCAACACUCGUAUAACGACUCGCUUAUGCUCCUCCUCUUCCACCCUCAGACUAUUCUCGAUGGCUCACUUACCGGCGGAAAGCUGCCUAUCUCCAUCUACGAGACAUACUACGAGCCCGGCAGUGAGGGUGCAGAGAAGGGAUUACAGGUCGAUGGAUGGGGUAUGGGUCGCCAGCUGCAGAUGCGCUUCCGUCAACUGCCCUUUGAGGUCGAGACUGGUGAGGCAGAGAUGAUUGCUGUCGACUUCGUUGCAAAGGGAAGCGGCUCGGCUACCGUGCAGAACUCUGCUGCACCUCCAGCCAAGGGCAAGGCUCGCGCCGAAGAGAGCACCAGCACCGACGUCCAACUUAGUGCAGAGGACGAAGAAGUCAUGUCAUCCCUGACCGCAAAGUACAACGCCAUCAAGAUGCUGCACCAGCGCAUCAAUCUCAUCAGAGCCUAUCUAGCCGAAUUACCACCCUCAUAUCUCACCGACGCCUCCCUCCCAGUAGGCGUAAGCGACCCACCACUCAACCACCAACUCCUCCGCAGCAUCUCCGCCAUGCUCGCCCGUCUCCCCCUACUAGCCCCUCCCACAACCCAAUCCUCAGCCUCAACCACAAUCCCCGCCACCGGCAUACCUCAAUCCUCCAUCGCAACAGCCUCGAAUCAAGAACAAUCAGACGUCCACCUGGUCUCCUUGCUGGCAUCUAUCACCCGCUCAGUCGCCCAAGCAAAGGAAAUGGGCUCGAAAUACUCGAUUGUGCAAAAGGCAAAGGCGGACAAGACUCAUACCGGUCUCAUGGGCAGAGGAUCUAGAGGAUUCGACGACUACGGUGCUGAUACCGACGGUCAUUGGGCUACUCCAACCGAGACGCCCGAGUUCAGCGGUUCUCUUUAGAAGUGGAUGAAAAGGCACUCUAGGUGUUGUGACGAAUUGCAUGCAUAAUUGCCAAGGCGUUAAAUGGAGCGUUAAAUAUCACCCUAAGGAUGGGUUUGCUUUUCUUUCUAAAUCUUGAGUUGCAUGGUUUAUAGAGUGGAAAGAUGUCUUCACUGAAGUUCUUCUAGCGAUAGCCAUAACAAACAGGACUUUCUUUUCUAAUGAUGGAGAAGAACGAAUGUCCAUGUAGCAACU